AUGCCGCCGCACUUUGGCAUCUCGCCGAUGGGGCCUCUGAUGGGCCCGAUGAUGGGGCCGCACAUGGGCCCUCCUUCCAUGGCUGCGCUCCCGCCUGGCGCGAUGCCGCUCUACGACGGGCGAGGGAUGCUCCACGGCUUUCUCCGGCCGAACGGGCGAGGGAUGAUGCACGCGGACAGCGCCUACGGGGCUCAGGGGGCGGCGGCGGUGUCCGCUGCCGCCGCGAUGGGCGUGCCGCCCUCCCCCAUCCUCCCCGCCCUCGCCGAGCUGUGCGCGGCGGAGCCGGGGACCAAGGCGCGGGCCAAGGCGAAGCGUCAGCUGGCCGAAGUGUACGGCGUGAAGCCAAAGACUAUGGUGGAGGCGGCGACGCGGAUUCAGCGCCGCUGGCGCGACGGCGCCGCCGCGAGCUUCUCCGACCUGGCUGCGCUCGUGGACGAGAGGCAGGAGGCACAGGAGAAGGCGGACAAGGCGCAGGAGAAGGCGCAGCGGAAGGAGCACGGGCGGUCGGAGAGGGCGGUGGCGGCCCAGCUGGCGGCCAAGCUGCACGGAGGGCGUUUGCACCGCCAGCUGGUCGACAAGCUGCGCGCCGGCGAAGAGCAAGGCCUCGCCGCCGGCAGGCUGAUCGCAGACACGGCUCUGAGGAGCCUCUGCGUGGCGGCGGCGAAGGAGAGUGGGAUCGGCUACGUCAGCCCGGCGCUGGUGCUCGAGCGUCUGCCCGGCAUCCGGCAGGAGCGCGGUCUCUAUGUGUACGCGCCCGAGGGCGCGCCCGAGCGCGCCGUCGACACACACCCUCGCGUCUCGGAGGCGCUUGCCGGGGCAGGGACCGCCGUCGGCAAGGCGAGGACUCUUCUCGGAAGCUCCUCGGAGCCUUCCUGCAGGUCCUCGCCGUCAACGGCGCUGCGCGAUGCGUGUGGCCUCAUCGAGGUCGAGGUCUUGCGGGGCGCAGAUUUGGCCGGCAGAGGGGCGCGAGGCGCGGGAGGAGGGGGAACCGCGGGCCCCGCCGGGACGGAGCCGCCGCCUCGCACCGCCUCCUCCACCGCCUCCGCCGCGCCGCGCCCCUUUAUUCCCAGCGACGCUGGCACGAUCAUAGCUCGGCUCGAAGCGCUCGAGGAGUACGUUGAGUCGAGCGGAGGGGCGGCCGGCGGGCGGGCGGCGAGCGGGGGCAUCUUUGGGCGGGUCGUCGCCGUCGAGGGUGCCGUGCAGGCGCUUCUCGAGACGCGCGGCGUCACCCCCUCCGCCGCAGCCUCCGCCUCCCACCCGCCCGCGCAGCUGCCGGAGAAGGUUGCACGGCUAGAGCAGCUCCUCGCGGCGCACACUGUUCCCGCCACGGCGCCCGCCUCCGCCGCUGCAGCCGCCGCAGCUACCCCCGUCGCCGUUGCCUCCACCGCCGUCGCCGCCGCCGCCGAGAAGGAGCUGCCGCUGCUGGUCAAGGUGGAGACGAUCCGCUCGGCGCUCUCCCUCCCGAAAGGGACGCUGGUCGCGAUGCUCCAGGCCGCGCACAACACCCUCUCUCUCGAACCCGACGGCGGGCUCCUCAGCCAAGCCAACCGGCUGCUGCGAGUCCUGCACGAGGCUGGCCGCCUCCCCCCCCUCUCGUCUGCGUGAGCCGCCACGGCUUGCGUGUUUAGAUUUUUUCUCUUUCAAAUCAAAGGCACGUGUU